GCCUUCAACACCAUUCAUCAAACAACGGAAACACACUUGCGCACCUCUUCACAGUCGUUUCUCGGAAAACGGAGACCAUUAUUCAAUCGUAAUAUGGCGUAGGCCUUCAUUCACCACUGCGACUUGAAGCAAUUGUUCAACUCUCCGGCCUCGCUUCGUAAACAACAAACAACCGGGGCCAGCGUUAACAAUGGCCAUGCGAAACGCGAACCAACCGAGCUUCAACCUCUUCACCGGCGACGAGGAGACGCCUCCUCCUCCUGCCAAAAGGGAACCCUUGCGAGAAACCUUUCGGACGACUUUACGGACCUCACAGAAUGCGCCACACACGGUCGUGCCCUCUGAUCCGAUCAAUGAAGACCUCCGCGCACAGCUCAACACUCUGCGAUAUGAGCUCGAGACAGCGAAACAAGAAAAGGAGAUGAUGAAGCUGGAACAUGCCCAAGAAAUUCGCGAUGCGCAAAAUCGCGCCGAUAGCGAUUUUCGAAAAGCGCAACAAGCCGAAGCUUCGAGCAUCCUCAUGGCAAAGAAGUACGAUGUCCUCGCAAAAGACGCAUCCGAGGCACAGACACGCGCUGCAAAUGAGCGCCAGGCUGUGGAAAGAAGGUUAAGGGAAAGUCAAGAGAAGGCGCAGUCACUACAGGAGGAGUACGAUGAGAUCAAGGAGGACCUAGCGGCUGCGCAAAGGCAAUAUGAGCAUAGGUACAACACGCUACAGGCAGAGCAUAAGACGCUCAAGGACAGCGUGGAAGAGAUACAGACGGAUUUGCAGUCCAAGGCUCACACGCUGCAGUCAACACAGAAGAAAUUGGGGCAAAAAGAGGAGGAAGUCGGACAGCUUGAGGCGGAAGUACUACGACUAAAAGCAAUUACUGGAGAUGCGGAGACACUGGCAGUUAUCAAGCGGGAGCUUUCCGAUCAGGUUGCGCACAUCAAGAAGUUGGAGACAUUGACAAGGGAGCAAAAUACUGAGCUCAAGCAAUACCGGAAGCAGCACAAGGCCAUUGAAGUGGUGGAGGAGGAAAAGAGGUCACUUCAGACAAAGCUGCGCAUGAUGGAUGAUGUUCAACGGCAGCUUGGAGAGGCACAAUUAAGGAAGCAGUUUCUUGAAGAAGAGCGUGAUUCUUGGACGUCAUACCUUGAGGCUGAGGCAGAUAGACAUGGCGAGAUCCAGUUUGAGACACCCGAAGAUCUCGCACGAGCCUUUAUUCAGGAACGAAUUGAGAGAACGGAUCUGCUCAAUAGGCUAGGCGAGAUGAAACCUGAGCUCACAGUCAAAGAAGCGAAUAUACAAGCCCUGCAGGAGGAGAAGGCCAAACUGCAGACCGAGAUACAGCAACUUAAAGCCUCGGGGACUAACGGCGCCCCCAACGCCAGCGAGUCCAAAGCCCGAGCCCGUUUAGAACGACAGAAGGCGCUCGCGGUGAAAGAGGUCGAGUUCCUACGCGCGCAAGUCAAAGCCUUCGACGAUGAGGAGCGCGAGAUGCAGUCUGACACAUACGACGCAGCCAAGACAGAGCGGAUAGAAGAGCUCGAAACCCUCGUCGACCAAUAUCGCAAGGAGCUGGACGCCUUACAAAAGGAGUUCAAUAGCGCCGAGAAGCCCGCUCCCAUUGCAGCAGGCCAGAAACGGUCUCUCGACACCGAAGACAAUGACGAGCGUGUUGGCGAGCUGCGCCGUAAGAAUCGCCAACUCCAAGAAGACCUCAAUGCCUUGCAGAAGAAGAUGAAGCUUGUCGAAGCGGAAUACAAAGCGCAGCACUCACAGCUAAAGAAACUCAAAGAAACGUCGCGGACAAGAGUACUAGAGCUGAAAUCCAAUCCAACAGCCGACGCCGAAGCCCUCAAACUGAGCACCGUCCGCAGUCUGCGUGACGCCAACGCGCAACUCCUUGCUCAGCUUGAGAACCAACAGACACCUCCCUCGACAGUACCGUUAGCAACAUUAGACGCCGCAAAUGAUGAACUAGAAGAGAUGAAAUUCCAGCUCGCGUCGAGCACGAAGAAGAUCUCCCGCCUCAAACAGAUUUGGACCGCCAAAUCCCUCGAGUUCCGAGAAGCCGUGGCUUCCAUUCUCGGCUGGAAACUAGACUUCAUGCCCAACGGGCGCGUUAAAGUGACGUCCAUGUUCAAGCCGGCUGAUGAGGAUGGAGAGAAUAGCAUUAUAUUCGAUGGCGAACAUGGUACGAUGAAAGUCAGUGGUGGCGAGCAGAGCGAGUUCGCGGGCGAAAUCAGGGAUCAGAUUGUGUACUGGGUUGAGGGGAGGAAAGAGAUCCCGUGCUUUCUUGCGGCAUUAAGUUUGGAGUUUUGGGAGAAGGGGCCUGGGCGGGAUGGGGAGACGAUGAGAAUGUAGUGGAAAAGGAUUCCAGGCAGGAGUCGGAAACAUGUAUACCAUUUACGGAAUUAUAUCACCCUUUUUUUUCAUCUGUUUUGACAGCUAUAGGAGAGCCUG